AUGGACGACAGCGAAGACGUAACCGACCUCAAGAUCGUUAUUAGCCCCCCCAAAACGCGGAGCAUGACUCAGUCAAUUGCACACUAUCGCGAGCGAUUACUUUCAAAUACGGUCCCUUCGACGCCUACCCCAAAGUCUCGAGAACCAUAUCGCGAGCCUCCACUCAGCGACUUCAGUGACGACUUUAGCAGCCUGAACCUGGAGUCUCCGGUAGACAUUGUCUCCGAAGCUGGCUCGGACCUUCGGAGAGCCAGGUACGACUUUGAGCGCUCCGACUUCACACCGGGAGAUGAGCAGACAGUCAACGCUGCCUUGGUGGCAUUGAUCAUGGUAUUGUCAUGGUUACUCGGCCGCACAGGCCGUGUUCAUCACGAUCGAGCAAGAUUCAGUAUCUCCAAAGACGCUGAGGCCUAUCUCUACUCGGCCUGCGUGGACGGUCUGAUUAUGCACCUCGAUGUUGACAAGUGUAACGGUUUUAUGGAGGUCAAGCGGGAUUUUCGCGGUGGAAACCCUUCUGUGAGAAGACAAAUAGCAGCGCAAAUGGCUGCAUUUAUCUAUGAGCAAGACGUCGUUCUCGCUCAGAAAGAGACCGAGAAAGAGGCCGACAAGGCCCGCAAAGGGAAGGGAAUGGAAGCAGAAUCUAAGGCUAGGGGAAACAGAACCAAAGACAAAGAUGGCGGAAACCAGGAACGGCUCCAAAAAUGGAUGGUGUCUAUGGAUGGCUAUUACGCUUAUAUUAAUAUCGCUACCUACGACCGACAAUACGUUGAAUUUCUCUCCGGUCAUGGCGCCUCCGCCGCUGGUGAUGCUUUCAUGGAGAUGGUAGAGUACGGACUCUUUGAUCUUCGCGUAUGGUCGGGCAACGGCCUUGAAAGUUUUUUGAUGUACGUUGGGGCACUCAUGCUAGGUACCGUCGUACGUCUUGGGUACUACGAGGCUCAAUUCCUGAUGGUUAUUGAUCAGGCAGGCAGUAUCCUAUCAACGUCCAGUGCCGCUCUUCCGGGACAUCAGCUGCAAAAAAGUGCGUCACAGUGA